AUGCUGGAUCUGGGGAGCCUCGAAAAAUUACGCCCAUGUGGCAGACUGGAGACGUUCAGUACGGCACGACACCACCUGGGCUUCUACAAAAAUGUAGGCUUCACUGCAGAAUACAGAACUCAAGGGAAUUUGGAACCUCCACUUGAAAGCCAGGUCUACGUCGCGCUACGCCAUGUCAUCGCUCAACACCCAGCCCUGAGCGCCAUUGCUCUCAACGAAGACCAAUCCUACCCAGACGUAUACUUCGCACGAUUACCCGAAAUCGAUCUAUGCACUUGUACCGAAUUUCAUGAUCGCAGGAGCCCAUUCCCUGAAGAUGGAGAGGCCGACGAUGAGCUUGACGAACUGCUGGCACAGCAGCACAGCCGCGACUUCAAGGAAAACCUGGGGAGUAAGCCUUUUUGGCGUUUGCUCGUGCUGAGGUCGUUAUCCGAUACAUCUAGAUUCACUGCGACAUGGAUGUGGCAUCACGCAUUAGCAGACGGCACCUCGGCCCUUUUGUUCCACGGGUCUUUUCUUGCAGGUCUGAAUUCUGUUCAAAAGACAAACAACGUGGAUCCGGCCGUUAAAACGCUUGACCAAGCCCUGCUACCGCCAUUUGAGGAACUACACCCCAUGCCAAUAUCAUGGUAUUUCUUCAGCAAGACCAUUCUGAACACUCUACUGGCUCCUGUUUACGCCAUCGCCUCCGAAAAAUUGUGGACUGGCAAUCCGGUCCCAGAAGAUGUCACGGUACUUCCAAAACCACGAUUCCUCACAGUUGUACUAUCCAGGGCGACUACAAGCAAACUAGUUCAGACGUGUCGGGAAGAGAAGACAAGCGUGACAGCGACCUUGCAAUGUCUUCUAGCAGCCUCACUCUUCGCCAAUCUCCCAGCUGAAGAAUGCAAGAGAUUGAGAAUUGAUGGCCCGAUAUCAGCGAGAAGAUUUCUCAACAUUGGAGAGAAGCAGAUGACGUCUGCAAUCACGCAAUACGAAUUCUUCCACGAUCGACCUACUCCGUCCGACGGUCCCUCAACCGAUAUCCUCCAAAACUUCUCCUGGGAAACAUCCAGAGCGGUCAAAUCCAUCAUUGCUGCCGAAGUAGCAAAAUCCGGGACUGACAAUCCAGUUGCGCUUCUCAAAUACGUUUCAUCCAUGCCGCAGUUUCUUAUGGGCAUGCUGGGAAAGCCGCGCAAACCCACUGCGGAGUUGUCCAAUGUGGGGGUUUGGCCGAACAAGAAAGAUGAGAAGAGUAUGUGGAGUGUUGGUAGGAUGGUUUUCAGUCAGUCUCCUAAUGUGGUGGCGAGCGCGUUUGCACUUAGUGUUGUGACUGGUGGUGAUGGAAAUGCAACGCUCAAUUUUUCUUGGCCAGAGGGCGCUGUGCACGAUGAGCUUAUCCGAGAAGUGGCCAAUUGUUUGAGGAAGGGGGUGGAGAGGUUGCUGUAG